GAGGGAGGAAGAGGAGGGAGAGGGGCGAUGGAGAAAGUAGGGGGGUGGUGGAGGAAGGCGGCAGUGGUGCUCCUAACCCUUGAUCUUGGCUUGUUAACCCUUUCUGAGCUUCCCUUUAGCGGGGGGAUGAGGAUGGUCGGCUGUUUCCACAUUUAGGGGCAGAGCUGGGUGAAGGGUGGUGUUAAGUGCUCGAGGGUCACGCGCGGGUGGCUUUGCCGCGGUGGUGGCAGCGGUGGCAGAGGCGACACCGCUGGAGGCGGCGGAGGGACGGGCCCACCAACGCUGCAGGCCGGUCAUCAGUUGGGUCAAAGAUGGAGCUACUAGCCAGGCCUGAGACCUGAGCCCCUGGACACCAUGUUUCUAUUUUCUGCUUCUGUGAAAUUGCCUCUUCUACAUACCUCAUGCACCUCCGCUGAGCUUUUAAACCAAGUCAUUGGGACUUAGCGUCUUUCUACCCGGCAGGGAAAGGAGGAGUUGGCAAGAAUUUGGCUCACCCAUUCCCCCUGCAAUCCUCCAGCGUCGCGGAGCACUAGACAUCUACCAUGACUGACACCGUGUUCAGCAACAGUUCUAACCGUUGGAUGUACCCCAGUGACCGGCCCCUUCAAUCAAAUGAUAAAGAACAGCUCCAGGCAGGCUGGUCCGUCCACCCCAGUGGUCAGCCUGACAGGCAGAGGAAGCAGGAAGAGCUGACUGAUGAGGAGAAAGAAAUCAUCAACAGGGUGAUUGCUCGAGCUGAGAAAAUGGAAGAGAUGGAGCAGGAGCGAAUCGGACGCCUGGUGGACCGCCUAGAAAACAUGAGGAAGAACGUGGCUGGGGAUGGGGUGAACCGCUGCAUACUGUGUGGAGAACAGCUGGGGAUGCUGGGCUCUGCCUGUGUAGUAUGUGAGGACUGUAAGAAGAACGUCUGCACCAAGUGCGGAGUGGAGACCAACAACCGCCUGCAUUCUGUGUGGCUCUGCAAAAUCUGCAUUGAGCAGAGGGAGGUGUGGAAGCGUUCUGGAGCGUGGUUCUUCAAAGGCUUCCCCAAACAGGUCCUCCCACAGCCUAUGCCUAUAAAGAAGACCAAGCCCCAGCAGCCUGUCAGUGAGCCUGCUGCCCCUGAACAGCCUGCUCCUGAGCCCAAGCACCCUGCCCGGGCUCCAGUUCGAGGUGACAGUGAAGAUAGGAGGGGCCCGGGUCAGAAGACAGGCCCUGACCCGGCCUCUGCUCCCGGGCGAGGAAACUAUGGGCCUCCCGUGCGCAGGGCCUCCGAGGCACGAAUGAGCUCAACUAGCCGGGAUUCAGAGAGCUGGGACCACAGUGGGGGUGCUGGAGACUCCAGCCGGAGCCCAGCAGGUUUGAGACGGGCCAACUCAGUCCAGGCCUCCAGACCUGCCCCAGGCGCGGUGCAGAGCCCAGCGCCACCUCAGCCUGGGCAGCCAGGGACCCCAGGAGGAAGCAGACCGGGUCCUGGGCCAGCAGGACGCUUUCCAGAUCAGAAGCCAGAGGUGGCUCCGAGCGACCCUGGGACCACUGCCCCACCCCGAGAGGAGAGAACAGGGGGAGUCGGGGGCUACCCAGCAGUUGGAGCCAGAGAGGACCGAAUGAGCCACCCCUCUGGACCCUAUUCCCAAGCAUCUGCAGCUGCCCCCCAGCCUGCCGCAGCCCGCCAGCCACCACCCCCAGAGGAGGAGGAAGAGGAAGCCAACAGCUACGAUUCGGAUGAAGCAACCACCCUGGGUGCCCUGGAAUUCAGCCUUCUCUAUGACCAAGACAACAGCUCCCUGCAGUGCACCAUCAUUAAGGCCAAGGGCCUGAAGCCCAUGGAUUCAAACGGCUUGGCUGAUCCCUACGUUAAGCUGCACCUCCUGCCGGGAGCCAGCAAGUCCAACAAGCUUCGUACAAAAACUCUGCGGAAUACCCGGAACCCCAUCUGGAAUGAGACCCUCGUGUAUCACGGCAUCACCGAUGAGGACAUGCAAAGGAAGACACUCAGGAUCUCCGUCUGUGAUGAGGACAAAUUUGGCCACAAUGAAUUUAUUGGUGAGACCAGAUUCUCCCUCAAGAAACUGAAGCCCAACCAGAGGAAGAAUUUCAACAUUUGCCUGGAGCGAGUGAUUCCUAUGAAACGUGCUGGGACCACCGGGUCAGCCCGAGGCAUGGCCCUUUAUGAGGAGGAGCAGGUGGAGCGUGUUGGUGACAUCGAGGAGCGUGGCAAGAUCCUGGUCUCCCUCAUGUACAGCACACAGCAGGGAGGCCUCAUUGUGGGCAUCAUACGCUGCGUGCACCUGGCUGCCAUGGACGCUAAUGGCUACUCAGACCCAUUCGUCAAGCUCUGGCUGAAACCGGACAUGGGAAAGAAGGCCAAACACAAGACUCAAAUUAAAAAGAAAACCUUGAAUCCCGAAUUCAAUGAGGAGUUUUUCUAUGACAUCAAACACAGUGACCUGGCAAAGAAGUCACUGGACAUUUCAGUCUGGGACUAUGACAUCGGCAAGUCCAAUGAUUACAUCGGAGGCUGCCAGCUGGGGAUCUCUGCCAAGGGAGAGCGCUUAAAACACUGGUACGAGUGUCUGAAAAAUAAAGACAAGAAGAUAGAGCGCUGGCACCAGCUACAGAAUGAGAACCACGUGUCAAGUGAUUAGGCUAGUGCCCAGGUCCCCAACUCCAUGUCCCGGGUUCCCCCCAGCCUGCUCUAGCUGCCCACCGCACCCUGAUCUCUCUUCUCUAUGCCUACCUCCCCCCAUACCCUGCUGAUCUCCCUGAGCCUGCCUUUGAGCCCCCGUCACGUUGGGCACUGCUGCCAAAGACUCCCUCCUCCCUGAUGCUGGGAUGUGGGCUCUGAAUACAGCCCCUCUCUCAUCCCUGGGAUGGAGCAAUGGGGAUGGGGUUGGGGAGACGUUUACAAAGAGGUUGAUCAUUUAAUAACCUCUCAGUCUGGGUAAAUUACAAAGGUUCUUCAUCAUUUAGCACUGUUUUUAGACCCUCCUAGCCUUGAACACACACAUGUACACACACACAUACACACACACACACACACCCUUUCAUUCCCUGUGUUGUGUCUCUGUAUAUCCCCAGUUGUCAGCAGACCCGGACAAUGCUGUGAGAGAAGCAUUGGGGCAGAAAUAGAGCCUCCGGGCUCCCACUGCCCCCUGAGAUGUACACCCUGAUUGCCAGGAAAACAGACUGCUGUGUUCAGUAACACACCCUCCCUGCUCCAAGUGCACCAGGAUGCAAAUGCACAGAAUUCACCAGGGGCUUGGACGCUCUCCUCUUUCCGAAUGUCACCUGUGUGCUUCCUAGCAAAACAAAAACAAACGACAACAACAAAAAACCCUUCCUCUGUCACCUUUUCUCCUCCUCCCUCUUCCUUCCCUUCCAUCAUAAUAGAUUCUCUCUUUCUCAGCCUCUCCCCUCUCCUUUCUCUCCCUGCCUUUCUUCCCUUUGCCUUUCUCUCUCUCUAAAGCAGUAACACCGCAAAAACAACAGCAAAAAAAGUGUAUGUUAACCUAGCCUCACCCCCUUGCUCUCACCAGCCUGACCAGGAAACUGAGAAACUGGCCCAAACCUGAGACUCCACUUGGGCCCACGCUUCUUCACUGACCCACUCCUCCCGUUGGCAGAACCAGACAUUCGCAGGGCUUGGGCCAAUGGCUGGCACUGCCCUGAGUGCAUGGCAGCAUCCCUCAAGCUGUGUAGAUGCCCCAUAGAGGGCUCUCUCAUCCGUGGGCUCCCCGGGUGGGCACAGAGGCAUUUAGAAGGCCGGGGCCACGGGUCUGAGGAAGCCUCAUCCAAAGCCUCCAGCCUUUCUCCUUUCUCCGCUCUUAGGUAAAUGAACAAGCUACCCUCCUCCCCAAUGCCCUUGACUCUGUUUCACUGACUCUUUUGCAUCCCAUCUCUCACUCAGAACCCCCUCCAGUCUCUCUGUCUCUCUUUGUCUGUCUCUCUGUCUCCUGCACUCUCAUUACUAAGCUUCCUGGGAGAAUCAAAUAAUAUCAUGGCUAUGGAACAGUAGAGAGAGACAGGCCUGAUGCCAAAGGCUUUGGGCUCAUCAUCAAUCUUUCACUUUCUUCCUAUAAAAAAAUUAUUUUAUAAAGGAGGAAAAGGCAAUGUGGGCAAACAUUACAAAUUUGAGGUUGAAGUCAGGCAAUCUUCAAUGCCCUGUGAGAAAGGUUCGAUUUUCCCAAUUUCGAUGAAGUCUUCCCUCAUGAAAAUCACUCCCAGUCAUCCCAAACCCCUGACAUUCUCUACAGAAGCAUCAGACAGACACUCAAACUCUCACUUUCCCCAAAUCACAUCUCUUAACUUUUCAACGCCCUCCACCGUCAGCUCCCUGCACAAUUCAUGGGAGGACUCAUUUCUUGCCUUGAAUAACCAUUUUCUAAACAUCGAGCUCUUCACCUUCCCCAAGGUGGCCAACAGCUUCCUGGCUGCCAUCUUUCCUUUUGACCUUAUCUUUCCCCAUUAGUCCCUGGUGGCACCUACUCUCAGCCCACCUCCCUCACCACAGUUUCCCCUUAGGAGACAGCAUGCUGGCUGUGUCGCCCAAGCCUGAUGCUGGUGUAGGCGCUGGAAUCAGCAUGCAGCAAGCUCACAGUGCCCCUAGUCUGGGUGCCCGCUGUCCCCGACAAAUGUAACCACCUCCCUGCCUAGAAUACACACACGUCCUCCGGUGCAUGCACAACCACCCAGCAUCUUUCUUUGUGAUGAUGUAGCCAAAAAUAAAGUAGGAACAUCCAGGAAAACGA